UAUUAGUUAUUACCGCGAUUAAAGAUAUCUUUACCUAACCAAGAUCUGAAGACUGAUGACUGGGAAAAGAACUGGUUUUAAAAUUGAUAGAAAUAUAUUGUCAGCAAUCUAUAAAAACAUUAAAAACGUAAAACAAAUUACUAUUAACAAGUCUGAUGAAUUUUCCAUAUUAUUGUUUAGCAUCAAAAACCACAAAACCUGGCACCUGUUAAAAAUAUUAAAUCACAAAAUAGAUAACACUGAUAAUCAUGAAUCAAGAACUAAUAAGAUUUAAUAAUAUGUUGUAUAGUUGUAUUAUUUGUUAUUGUUUUGUCUAGUCAACUGCUUAUAAUUUACAAUCAUUACAAUUUUUAAUUUAUUUUUAUUUUUAUUUCUUAUGUCAAAUAUAGAUGGUUAUGUUUCUAUCAUAGUUAUAGAUAUUUUCAUACUGGUUUCUGUUAAACAAUUUUGGGUUAAUUUUUAAAUUUAAAUUAUAAUCAACAAGUAACAAUUUUAAAAAUAAUUUAUAGAUAUAUGUAAUUAUUUUAUUAUAUAUGUAAUACCUAUAAUUUACAGAAUAUUUUAACUUUUUGUUAAAACAAUAUCGUUUAAUUAUACUUAUUCAAUAUCAAGAUAAAAUUUUUAUUAAUUAUAAUAAUUAACUUGAAUUUUUUUAUGAAUAGUCAUUGCUUAAAUGUAAUUAAGCCAUGUGAAUAUUUAUUAAUUUAUGUUUUCUAAAGUUAAUGAGGAAAGUAAAACAAGCAAUAAUAUGAUUGAUAUUCACAUAAUUAAUAACAAAGGGUUUAUUUGGAAUGCAGAUGAUUGGUACAUUUUACGGACAACCCAUCGCAUGUUGGGAAGUUUGAUUGGAACUUUACCUUCUACACCACGUCAAGAAGAUCAGAAUGGCCUUCCUUGCCUUUUAUUGAAUGAAGAAGUUCGAUUAUUGGUUGAAAACUGUAUAUGCCGAACCGUCAAGUAUCCAUCGUUUACAUCUUUACAUGUUAAAGAAACAGCUAAAAUCAAUCCAUCUGAUACAUUACCUAAUAUCAUAAUACAUCUUGAUGAAAUAUGUUCAAACAUAAUUGAAGUUCCAUUACCUGAAUUCAUUAACAAUUUGGAAAGGAUCAGAUAUAAAGUUUUUAAGGAUCUGUGGUCAAAAGGCUUUUAUUUAACUUGUGGUAUGAAGUUUGGAGGUGACUUUUUAGUGUAUGAAGGUGAUCCUUUGGCGUAUCAUGCUAAAUAUAUAGUUAACUGUAGAGAUUUGGACAAACAAAUAAUGGUUUCGCGCAGUAGAGUUAGUUCAAUUACUAAUAAAAGAAUGGUGUUAGCCAAAGAUGAUGGAAACUCUAUAAAGUAUUUAAUUUAUCAUUUAGAUGAUAAAUCUCAGAAUAAUAAUAAAAUUAAUUACACUUUUUAGUAUAUUUAUAAAUAAAAUAAUGUGUAUAAUGUACAUGGAAUAAAAAUGUAUAAUAAUUAUAAUAUUUAA